CACCUGUGUUUUUGUGUUUACAGCACCUCCUCUGCAGUUUGUAGAUCCAUUAGAUCGUCUGGAGGUGCAUGUUGGAGAGACGGCCCAUUUAAAGUGUGAGUUCAAAGGCAGCUCUCCUGUAGCUUCUUGCUGGUUCUUUAAAAAAAAAGAGGUGGUGGAAAGCUCCAGGUUUUGUAUUGAGUCCUGUAAUGAAAGCAGUUCUCUGGUGAUUUCCGAAGCCCUUCCUGAGGACUCUGGACGUUACACGAUAUUUGUACGAGAUCGCAAAAGUUCAGCCCAACACACAGUGACCCUAAAUGUCAUUGACCUGCCUCGGCCUCCUGCCUCCAGUCCUCUAGUGUACAUCCUCUCCUCUCACUCUCUGGUUUUGUCCUGGUCUGGGCCGUCUUACGAUGGCGGCAGUGCUGUGACUGGAUACGUGGUGGAGGUUUGUGAAAGUCCCACGGUGAAUGAAAGCAUGUUGUCUUUUAAAGGAGAGCCAUGUGAUGAGAAACCAGUGGAGUAUGUGACAGUGACCAUCAACACUGUGGAUAAACUUACUGACCACUAUAAUGUCCUGGAAAAACUCGGAGUAGGGAAGUUUGGCCAGGUGUUUCGGAUGACCCAUAAGGAGACGGGCCGAGUUUGUGCUGGAAAGUUCUACAAAGGUCGUCGGGCAAAGGAGAGAGAGGCCGCAAGGAAAGAAAUAGAGCUAAUGAAUUUCUUACACCAUCAAAAACUCGUGCAGUGUCUUGCCGCAUAUGACAACAAGGCUGAGAUGGUCAUGGUGAUGGAAUAUGUUGCUGGUGGAGAGCUGUUUGAGCGCAUUGUAGAUGAUAGUUUUAAGCACACCGAAGUGUCCAGUGUGGGCUACAUGCGUCAGAUUCUGGAGGGGAUUCAGUACAUGCAACAGCAAAAUGUUAUCCACCUGGACCUCAAACCUGAGAACAUUGUCUGUGUAGACAGAACUGGGAUUCAGAUCAAAAUCAUUGACUUUGGACUGGCUAGCAAGCUGGAUCCCAACACACCUCUGAAGGUGAUGCACGGCACUCCAGAAUUUGUUGCUCCAGAGGUCAUCAACUUUGAGCCGGUCUGUCUGGCCACUGACAUGUGGAGUAUCGGGGUCAUCUGCUACAUCCUUCUGAAAACAGGCAAAGCUUUGCUGGCUCUGAAGAGGAUGGCUAUGUUGUCUAAACCAGAGGCUUCCGCAAGCUUGAGCCCUGUAGAUGAGACGGAGCAGGCACUGCAGUCUCUGGAACUGAAGCUUCAGUGUAAACCUGAGUUCAGCAAGACUUCAUCUGACCUGACUGUCCCGCAGGGCUCCGGCGCCCAACUCUCCUGUCUCAUCACAGGUUACCCUGACCCUGAGGUGGUGUGGCUGAAGGACGGUGAGCUGCUGGAGCUGCAGGAGGAGUGUGUGAAGGUGGACUAUGAGGAGGACGGCAGCUGUACUCUCACCCUAGAGAACGUCUCUCCGCACCACAGCGGCCUGUAUUCCUGCAAAGCCACUAAUGUACUCGGGGAGGCACUGUGCUCUGCUACUCUUACUGUAGAGGAGAAAGACAAAGACAUGAUAAUGGCAUAAAAAUCACAUAAAUCCACACACCAGACAGAUUAAAAUAUACUGAUGCAAUCAAUGCCGAUAUAACUGUGAAUUCAGUGUUAAAACUGUAAUAAAAAUCUAAUUGAUGCUAUUAUGCUUAUUAUUAUUUAUGUUUGU